AUGUCUUUCCUACUCAAAGGAUCAGCAUUCAUAACAGGUGCUGCUUCUGGAAUCGGAAAAGCAUCCGCCUUCGCCCUAGCAAAAAACGGUAUAGAAAGAUUAUCAUUAACAGAUAUAUCACGUACCAAUCUCACGGAAACGACCAAGGAACUUCAAGAUCAAUACCCUAAACUUGAGAUUUUGUCGCAGGAAUUGGACGUUUGUGAUGAAGAUGCCGUAUCCUCCUCCAUCCUCGCAACAACCAAAAAGUUCAACCGUCUCGACAUCGCCAUAAACGUCGCCGGCAUAGGCGCAAACGGCGCCCCAACAGCCGACCAAUCCUUCGCCGACUGGGCCAAAGUAAUAGACGUAAACCUGCACGGCGUCUGGCGGUGUCAGAAAUCCCAGAUUAAAGUUAUGCUUACGCAAGAGAACCUAGGUCCCCGCACCGGCCGCGGCGCCAUAAUAAACAUCGCCUCGAUGUACGGCCUAAUCGCGCCUCCCUCCAACCUUCACGCUUCCCCUUACACCGCGUCCAAACACGGCGUCAUCGGGCUCACGAAAUCCGACGCCAACAACUACGCCUCCAAGGGCAUCCGCAUCAACGCGCUGUGCCCGGGCUAUGUGCGCACGCCGUUGUUGAUGGAGAGUGAACGGCUCGGGUACAUGGAUGAGGCGGUGAAAUGGACGCCGAUGGGCCGGAUGGCUGAGACGGAGGAGAUUGGCGAUUGUGUUGUCUUUUUGGCGGGGAGGGGCGCGAGUUUUAUGAGUGGGAGUUGUUUGGUGGCGGAUGGGGGGUAUACUGUUAGUUAG